AUGUGGCAGCCCGCCCGGAGGGCGGGCCCAUGAAGCCGUCUGGCAGCUUUUUCCGAAAGCCGCAGCCGAGGGGGUGUUUCUGAGCGCAGGGCCGGGCAGAGCCGGCACCUCCCCUUUCCACCUCCCGGUCGGUGCCGGGGCUCCGAGCACGAGCUUGCGCCGAGUUCAGACUAGGUGGGCGCCUACGCGCCGCGCCCGCUGUGCUGAGUGUGCAGCCUACACGCCCGCAUCCAACGACGCCCCUGGCCUCGCCUCGCACUUGCGCGGGCGCCCCCGCCGCCUCGCACGCGCCGCGCGGGUCUCGCCUCUUGUCCUCGGCCGGGGCUGCAGGCGCCAGCGGCAGUGGCGCGGCCCGGGAGGCGGGCGCAGGGCGGGCCGCCGGCGCUCCCCUCCCGGAAGCGGGCGGUUCCUGGGCUCCAGUCUAGCGGACCGGCGCGGCCGCCGGAGCUCCAGCAUCCCCGCCCGCGCCCCGGGGAGCAGCGCCGCCCCGGCCGGCAGGAUGCUGCCGGUGUACGCCGAGGUGAAGCCCAACCCGCUGCAGCACGCGAACCUCUGCUCCAGAGUGUUCUUCUGGUGGCUAAACCCCUUGUUCAAAAUCGGUCGUACACGGAGGUUAGAGGAAGAUGAUAUGUAUUCAGUGCUCCCGGAAGAUCGCUCGAAGCACCUUGGAGGAGAGUUGCAAGGGUGCUGGGAUAAAGAAGUUUCACGAGCCGAAAAAGAUGCUCAGAAACCUUCGCUAACAAAAGCGAUCAUACAGUGUUACUGGAAGUCCUAUUUGGCUUUGGGAAUUUUCACAUUAAUUGAGGAAGUCAUCAAAGUAAUCCAGCCCAUAUUUUUGGGGAAAAUUAUUAAUUAUUUUGAAAACUAUGAUCCCAGCGAUUCUGUGGCUUUGCACGAAGCCUACGCCUAUGCUGCGGUGCUGACUGCCUGCACGCUCGUUUUGGCCAUACUGCACCACUUAUACUUUUAUCAUGUUCAGUGUGCUGGCAUGCGCCUAAGAGUAGCCAUGUGCCAUAUGAUUUAUCGGAAGGCACUUCGCCUUAGUAACGUGGCCAUGGGGAAGACCACCACAGGUCAGGUAGUCAAUCUGCUGUCCAACGAUGUGAACAAGUUCGAUCAGGUAACAAUAUUCUUGCACUUCCUAUGGGCAGGGCCACUGCAAGCUAUCGCAGUGACUGCCCUGCUCUGGAUGGAAAUAGGAAUAUCAUGUCUUGCUGGGAUGGCAGUCAUAAUUAUUCUUCUGCCUUUGCAAAGCUGCUUCGGGAAGUUGUUUUCAUCACUCCGGAGUAAGACGGCAGCUUUCACGGACGCCAGGAUCAGGACCAUGAAUGAAGUUAUAACUGGCAUCAGAAUAAUAAAAAUGUAUGCGUGGGAAAAGUCAUUUGCAGAACUUGUUACAAACUUGAGAAGAAAGGAAAUUUCCAAAAUUCUGAGAAGUUCCUACCUUAGAGGAAUGAAUUUGGCAUCAUUUUUCGUUGCAAGCAAAAUGAUUGUUUUUGUGACCUUCACCACCUAUGUGCUCCUCGGCAAUGUGGUCACAGCCAGCCACGUGUUUGUGGCCAUGACACUGUAUGGGGCUGUUCGGUUAACAGUCACCCUCUUCUUCCCUGCGGCCAUCGAGAGAGUGUCAGAGGCAGUCGUCAGCAUCCAGAGAAUCAAGAAAUUCCUAUUACUUGAUGAGAUACCGCAGAGCAGCCCUCACCUGCCAUCAGAUGGUAAACCGAUGGUGCAUGUGCAAGAUCUUACUGCCUUUUGGGAUAAGGCAUCGGAAACGCCAACUCUACAAAGCCUCUCCUUCACUGUCCGACCUGGUGAAUUGUUAGCCGUAAUCGGACCUGUGGGAGCAGGAAAGUCAUCGCUGUUAAGUGCCCUGCUGGGGGAACUGCCGCCGAGCCAGGGGCUGGUCAGUGUGCAAGGAAGAAUCGCCUAUGUUUCUCAGCAGCCCUGGGUGUUCUCGGGAACUGUGAGAAGUAAUAUUUUAUUUGGGAAGAAAUACGAAAAGGAACGAUAUGAAAACGUAAUAAAGGCUUGCGCUUUGAGAAAGGAUUUGCAGCUUUUGGAGGCUGGAGAUCUCACUGUGAUAGGAGAUCGGGGGGCCACGCUGAGUGGGGGGCAGAAGGCUCGGAUCAGCCUCGCAAGAGCCGUAUAUCAAGACGCAGACAUCUACCUCCUGGACGACCCACUCAGUGCAGUAGAUGCAGAAGUUAGCAGGCACUUGUUCGAACUGUGUAUUUGUCAAACUUUGCAUGAGAAGAUCACAAUCUUAGUGACUCAUCAGUUGCAGUACCUAAAAGCUGCAAAUCAGAUUCUGAUAUUGAAAGAUGGCAAAAUGGUGCAAAAGGGGACUUACACUGAAUUUCAAAAAUCUGGGGUAGACUUUGGUUCCCUUUUGAAGAAGGAAAAUGAGGAAGCCGAACAGUCUCCAGUCCCAGGAAGUCCCCUUCUGAGGAAUCGGACCUUUUCUGAGACUUCGGUUUGGUCUCAGCAGUCUUCGUUGAAAGAUGGCGCUCCAGAGGGCCAAGAUACUGAGAAUAUGCAGGUUACAGUACCAGAGGAGAGCCGUUCUGAAGGAGAAGUAGGUCUUAGAGUCUACAAGAAUUACUUCAUAGCCGGUACUUCCUGGUUUAUCAUCAUUUUCCUCAUUCUACUAAACAUUGCAGCUCAGGUUGCCUAUGUUCUUCAGGACUGGUGGCUUUCAUACUGGGCAAAUGAACAAAGUAAGCUGGAUAUCACUCUAAGUGGUGAAGGAAAUGAAACUGAGAAGCUCGACCUUCACUGGUACCUAGGAAUUUAUUCAGGUUUGACUGUAGCUACCAUCCUUUUUGGCAUAGCAAGAUCUCUGUUGGUAUUCUACGUCCUUGUUAAUUCUUCACAAGCUUUGCACAACAAAAUGUUUGAGUCCGUUUUGAAAGCUCCAGUAUUGUUCUUUGAUAGAAACCCAGUAGGAAGAAUUUUAAAUCGUUUCUCCAAAGACAUUGGGCAUAUGGAUGACUUGCUGCCCCUGACAUUUCUAGAUUUCAUCCAGACGUUCCUACAAGUGAUUGGUGUGGUGGGUGUGGCCAUGGCAGUGAUUCCCUGGAUUGUAAUACCUCUGAUUCUCCUCGGCAUCCUUUUCUUUGUUCUUCGGCAGUACUUCUUAAAAACGUCAAGAGAUGUCAAACGCCUGGAAUCGACAACACGGAGCCCGGUAUUUUCCCACCUGUCGUCUUCUCUUCAGGGACUCUGGACCAUCCGGGCAUGCAAAGCAGAGGACAGGUUCCAGGAACUGUUCGACUCACAUCAGGAUUUGCAUUCAGAGGCUUGGUUCUUGUUUUUGACUACAUCCCGGUGGUUCGCCGUGCGUCUGGAUGCCAUCUGCGCCAUCUUUGUCAUCGUUGUUGCCUUUGGGUCCCUGAUUCUGGCAAAAACUAUGGAUGCUGGGCAGGUUGGCCUGGCCCUGUCCUACGCCCUCACACUCAUGGGGAUGUUCCAGUGGUGCGUCAGGCAAAGCACCGAAGUUGAGAAUAUGAUGAUUUCAGUAGAAAGGGUGAGUGAAUAUACAGAGCUGGAGAAAGAAGCUGCUUGGGAGUACGAGAAACGCCCGCCGCCCGCCUGGCCCCACGAAGGAGUGAUCGUCUUUGAUAACGUUAACUUUGCAUAUAGUUUAGACGGGCCUCUGGUACUGAAGCAUCUGACUGCACUUAUUAAAUCAAGAGAAAAGGUUGGCAUUGUGGGAAGAACAGGAGCUGGAAAAAGUUCCCUCAUCUCGGCCCUUUUCAGAUUGUCAGAACCCAAAGGUAAAAUCUGGAUUGAUAAGAUCUUGACAACUGAAAUUGGACUUCACGAUUUAAGGAAGAAAAUGUCAAUCAUACCUCAGGAACCUGUUUUAUUCACUGGAACAAUGAGGAAAAAUCUGGAUCCCUUUAAUGAGCAUACAGAUGAGGAACUGUGGAAUGCCUUAGAAGAGAGCAUGAGAUCUCUCUUCACAGAUUCUCAGGAAGUAAAAUUACUUGAGAAACACAUUGGGCUGUGGAUAGUAAAGAAAUUGGGAGACGAAUCCUAUAAAACUGUCUUAGAACUUGACCAUAACUUACUUCUUCUGCCAACAUUAAAAUUUAGAAGCCUCUCUGAAUUACAAAAAUGGUGACCUGGUAGAAGUGGUCAAGAUAAUACUGAGACCAGCUUUUAUUUUCAACAGUGUUUGGAACUUUCUGUAAAUACAAAUAAACAUGAGUUUAUUUCCUAAAGUGAGUGGUGUCCAUGUAUGGCUUCUGGAAUGGACCUCAUUACUUUAGUGGUGUCUCUUGGAGAAAUUCUUCAUGUUCCUCAAGGAAUGGUUUCUUCAGUGUAGUGUAUGUUGUGUAAUGAAAGAUUUGGUAGCUUUUCUAAAAAUUGGGAUAUAUUAUUAUAUUUGCAGUAUGAUUCCAACUGUUUUAAUCAGAACACACUUUAAACCCGUACAAGGCACCAAAUAUUAACUUUGCUUAUUUAGGGGUAAUUAUGAGUGAUUUAUUUUUAUUUUUUCUGGCUUUUUUGAAUUCUCCAGAUUUUCUCUAGUGUGCUUAUAUUGCUUUUAUCAUCUGGAUUGUAUUCCUAGCAGAUGAAGCACUUCAGACUUCACACAGUAGUAAUAAGGGUUUCCUGACCACACAUUUUGGGAAGCUGAGGGUCAUUCUAAGGUCAGGAACUCUUUGCCUGCAGUCCUUGGAAUCUCCGGGCCCUCAGAGUAUGGAAUAAGAGCCUUAUAUCUCUGGAAUUGUACUAUAAUGUAAUAAUUGUAUGUGCAUUUAUCUGAAGAGACAUCACACAAAGAAUUGCGCCCACCACUCUAAUGCCAUUCGUGUUCUGGAAUUUUCUAUCAUAUUCGGUCUGUCUACCAUCUCCUAUUAUACUAAACCUGAGCAUCAUAACCUGUCUUGCUCUUCAGUAGGUGGUAGGAGACCUGGUGUCUUUGGGAGCUCCUAUAAGGUAUUUUAAAAAACCUUCGUCAGCUGGUUUGUAAAUGAUGCCAAACUGGAAACGGGACCCUAAUCUCAUAGGGUUGGCUUGGGAGUCAGUAAGAGGGCACUGCUGUUUUGCCCUCUUGAAGAACUUAAAUUUAAAGGAAAAGCUGCUACUGCUUUUUUUUUUUUUUUUUUUUUUUAGAAAGUCCUUUUAGGUUUUGCCUCCUCCUCCUCCCUCGGGUGAUUUAGGCAUUGAGGAGGGAUACACUCCUAUGCAUGUUGUCCCUCUCAUCUUGCUUAUUUUUUCAUACACUAAAAAAUAGUCAGCUGUAAACUGAAGAAAGUUGCUUAGAAAUUAGUGCCAAUUGGGGCACCUACAAAACAACAGAAACUUAGAACACAAGUAAUGCCUACAGAUGAGGCCAUUUAUCAUCAAAAGGUCAAAAAAGCACAGGAAAUACAACUGAAAAUGAAUCAGCAGUAUGUUGUUCCUGCUAAAAAAACAAAAACAAAACAGCUGUAAUACUGGGAUGCACAAUUAAGAGCACUUUAUAUCAUGUCAGAACUGUGAAGAAAUCCAGUUAUUAUGUUAACAUCGAUAGUAUCUCUUGGAAAACAACUAUGUCUCAUUAUUCAGGAAACUAAGACAGAAAUCUGAGCAUCAGCAGCAUAUAUGUCAGGAAACACAUAAUUCAGUCUUUGCAUUUCCAUAUCCCCUAGGCCAUGUAUUUUGGUAAAUGGGCUCUCCCUAUACUCCAUUUACUACUGGCUUUAUUCUAUUGAUGGCAUUUCCAUGUCUGUUCAGUUACUAGCCCACACCAUCCUUUCUUUUUGAAAAGUAAGAAAGUUCCACAAAAUGUGAAGACCAUCUGACAUCCAUGUUCACCUCCUGUGAGGGGUGCUGGCACCUGGUAGAUGCUGCACACAUAGUGGGGCUACUUUGAAAUGUUUAUGGGGUGUCUUAUAAGUUCAGUUUGUUAUUUUCAAUUUUCACUGUAGUUUAUUACUUUCUCAAGUUUAAAAAUGAUCCGAGGCACUCUAUACUGAGAUGUAUAGCUUUGAAAAAUAUUCCUUGAUCUGUUUUCCUUCAAUUAUAACUUUUUUAAAUGCUUUCCACAUUUUAAGGUGUGAUGUUAUGAUAUCUUGGAGCCAGAUAAUCAUUAGGAAGAAUGUAUUUCUUUUAAAAUGACAUUUAAUAAGAAAAUGGUAUUUAAUAUAAAUUAUCUUUAUGGAUUUAUUUUCUAAUUUUUAUAGGAACCAGUAUGUCACAAAAAUGAGAUGCCCCUAUGGCUUCAUUCAUGCAUCCAACACAUAUCUAUUGAGUGCUUUUAGAUAGGCCUUGUUUAGAAUUCUGGGACUAUCAAAGGUGUCAAAGGAGAACAAGUCCCUACCCUCUUGGAGCUUAAAUUCUCAUGGAGAAGGUGGAAAACAAGCCAAUACAUAAUAAAGUCUCAGUACUGACACUGAUGCAAAGGAGAAAAAUAGAGCAGAACAUGAAGAGGUGCAAACUGACAGCAUUAUUAAUCAUAGGCAAUAUCUAUUGAUCUUUCUUU